AGAAGAUAAAAUGGAACCCGCAGAAAACUCAAAAGGAUCCGCGUUUUUGAUGUAAUUAGCCGACUUCCAUUGUUCAAUAGAAAACUUUUCUCUGCGAAAAAGUACAAGGAACACAAUAAAACGAUGUAGGAGGGUGAAUCAUAACUUCCUCCCUUUAAUUCCCUAAUUGUUCGUCGGCCUGUCGUACGAGCGCAUUGUGCUCGAAAGUUAAAACGUCUUUUACAUAAAUUUGAAUUCGCGAAAAAUAUCCUCAACAAUGCCGUCUCAAAGGAAGUAAUCUAAGUUUUAGUUUACUUGGCAGUGAUAAUUUUCCUGACACUCGUUGACGUUGAAAAAAAAAUGAUAGAAAAUUCGAGGAAUAAAUUAAAAGUUAUCCGCUACGGGGGGCCCAAAUUGCCCUACAAGCGGAUCAAAUGCGAGCGAGAUAAAACGCCCCAAAGGUGGUCGAGACGGAUUCAAUCCUUACCGCCCAUUCCUAUUGAAGUAAUCGCGACGAAAAGAAAAAAUAAAACCGUAAAACCGGCGACCACAAGAGGAACGCCCAAUGCGAAAUUUUCUCUGUUAAAAAAAUUAUGUUUGAAAUCCUUGAGACGUGGCUACUCGCACUUCACACAAGACAAUUGUAGUCCAUUCUAUAACAAACAAUUACUCGAUUAAAUGGAAAAACACAGACUUUUUUAAAUAAACCUUUAUUCAUUUACAAAAGUUUUCUGUUAAUACCAACGGUGUGGUCAAACAGCUUGGCGUUCCUAAACUCUCCCUUCAUAUCUACUAAAUAAUAAAAUGAGUGUCCUUGUACUUUUAAAGGUAUGUAAUUUUUAGCAGUCGAUCUUGUAUCUAAGGCGCUCAAGUAUUUCAAGUUUAAGUUCAUCAGUCGAUUCCCUCCUGACGGAGUGUAAGUGCCAAUUGUUACCAUUUGACCGCCUUUACGAAGAAUCAGGUAUUUCACUGAUCGUAGGGAAUACAUCCAAGUUAGGGCCAGGAUACCCCAACCUAAAACAAACAUCUUUGCUCUACUAUCUAUUAUUUGCGUAUAAAUAAGAGGAUUACCUAAGAGUCCUGAGCCAACUGAUAUGGCAUAUCGAUACUUGCUUUCGCCCAAGUUGACUUUCUCCCAAAACCGGGUUCCUCUGCCCGGUUCAACGGGAAUAUCCCUCAAGGUUGAAAACGCUGUAAACGAUAGGUAAGUCCAGAAGCCGAAUUGCACGAAUCCAGCGACAUUCAUCAAUUUAAAAUAACUAGUUCUAUCAUGUUUGUAUAAAAUAAUAUCUUUGGCCACAUUGGUGUCAACAUCGAGGGAUUGCGAGAAAUUUUUAUGAUUUGCUCGCAGUGGACGGUUAAAUAUUUUUAUAAACAACCCUUUUCCAUAAUAAUUUUUGUAAAAAUUGCAAAAUUUAAACAUUUUUUCGGGGUUAUGUAUUUUAUUUCUUCUUUUUAAUAAUCUACUAUUUUAAUGUCAAUGUCUCAAUUUUGCAUAUAUGCAAUAAUAAGUCAGAGGCCAUAAAGAAAAUAAGUAAAAAGUAGCUUUGAAAUAUGACAUAUUUGACAUAUAUGUCAUUAUU